AUGGCCCCGAAGGAAAAUGUUGAUGAAUCUGCUAUUCAGCUAUUUUCCACAGUGCCAGAUGGCAGUCCUGACCCGUCGUGCAAGGAUUUAAAUGAUCCCGCGAGAGGAUACCCCUUGCGCCGAUUUUGGUUCCGUACCUUUGUCUUGAUCCUCGGCCCGGUCAUCAUUUUCAUCUACUUUUUAAUGGCCUGGCUUUUCUUCUUCAAGGACACCGAUACUGUUAAAUAUCGAUCUCGCGAUGGAACAUGGGUUUACUAUUCUUGGUUCGUGGUUGGUGUUUUCGGUUUGAACAUUUCACGAUAUGGUCUUGUUGGCGUCGAAGCUGCUAUGCUACAAGUGCCUUUCUGGGCGCCAAAGAGUGCAAUGCGGCUCCUGAUGCAUAGCGGGAGCACCUGGGCCGGGCCAGGAGGAUGGAUGAAAUGCAUACAACGCGCUGUUUCCAUGGAAAAGAACCUCGCAGGCCGACUAUGGUAUCUUCUCGCCGUGUUAAGCUUAGUGCCUUUAGUCGCAUUCCCAAUUUCUGGUUUGUCCAUGGAACUCGCAGACGGGUAUAUCGAAUCGUCAGCGCCGCCGAUGGUCGUUGGCCGUGAAUGGAGCAACUUCCAUCGCCGCGAGCCUUAUCAAACUCAGAAACGAGGCGGGACAGUUUGGAAAACAGCAUCCGCAGUGAUUCCGGGCAUUGGUAUUGCCUACACCCCUCCACAGGUCGAUCGUGAGAAGUUCGAGUUUCUAACCACGCUGCCAAACUCCCUUUCCUCUAACCCCGGAAUUCCCGAGCUCUUCCUUGGGCCGCAGGCGGCGACGCCUAUCGGCGGUAAGGCCUGGGGACUUCGGCUUCAGUAUAACUGCUCGAUGGUCCAGUCAGCCUCGGAGUUCACAAUCCUUUCCCAGAAAUCUCCAGCCCUGAAGUCUAAUGCCUCUGGUAUGGUCGACGGUGCUAUCAGAUAUAAAACCCUCGCGACACCUUCUGGUGCAACCAUCACCUUCUUCAACAGCAGCCAGUCGAUCGGUGGAGAUAAUCUUUGGGCAUAUACUGAGAUGGGAGUGAGCCACGACUUCGUCUCGUCCACGUACGACGGCUCUGAGCCUAGUUUCGAAUCUGGCAAGCCUGAGAUCUUGGAGUAUGCGCUAUGGCAGGUCCGUCGCCCUUGUUCGUACGACGGAGACGACAGAAUAACUUUCAACUAUACCCUCAAUCCCACCGUCACAGGCAUGGGCAGCCCCAUCAUCCGGACUCCCAGCGGAAAAUUCGAACGUAAUGCUUCCUUCUUUGACUGGUCAAACGACACCUAUACUAAUGUAAAGGACUUUGUUUCCUUCGUCGCUUACGAUCACUUCAAUGAAAAUAUCACUUUGGCUCCCCCUAUUGGAGUCCAAUGCCGUCGCAUAUCAGAUCUCGGUACCGCCAAACUGGACUCCCGAACAAGUACCUUCAGCGAGUUUGAAAAAUCACCCAGCCCAGUAUGGUCGGCGGCCGAAUAUGAGGCCAAACAACCUCGAUUUGGUGCCACUGCAAUAUCCAUUUUGCUAGGCCGCUAUACCGAAAUCUUCGAGUCGACCAAUUCACCCCUCCCCUAUAUCCUUUCCAAUUCAGCCUGCUAUGAUCGGUUUGUACAGCCACAAGUUCUAUUACAGUCGGUUCUACAAGCCCACGCUGUUGAUGGCUUGCAGCUGAUGUAUGAUGGUGCUACGGGAGUAAAUGGCGGCUAUCUCAACACAAACUUGACAUCAUCUCGCCGUGGAAAGGUUCUAGAACCCGGUGUUGUUCCGCCGGUGGUUUCGACCAUACUUCUGGGAAUUUGGGCCAUAGGAUGUAUUGUCUUGGGCGUGAUGUAUGGCUUUGGCCGUCGCUGGUCUGACACACUGGAUGGAUACAGUUUGUUCCGCUUCGGAGUAGACUUUGGUGAGGAACUUCGUGAUAAGAAUGUCCUAUCCAGUACCCAGGGUCUAGAGAAGAGCAACCAGCUAUGGUCCCUUCCAGGAAUGAUUGGUGAUUCGAGAAUGCAAUUUGAUAUCGGGCAUAUCAGUCUAGUCGGGAAGAAGCAGGUUGUCAACCCAAAUAAACUAUACACCUGA